AUGAUUUUAAAAAAAAGCAAGCUGCUGGCGGUCUCCCUCCUGCUGGCCCUUGUGGAGUACCUGUGCCGCGAUGGGCGCCGCAAGUGGAUGGGUCUGCUGAGCAGAUGGGAGGCCACCCCGUACGGUGGAAGUGACGUGGGAAGCGACGUGGGUCUGGGCCAGACCGGGGGGGGGAAGGCUGCCCACAUAUUUGCGCUGAAGAGCGCCCUCCAGUUUGCAAACGGUUAUGAGGAAGUCAGACAAAAGGGUAGAAGCGGUAGAAGCGGUAGAAGCGAGAGGAGAGAGCGACGCGAGAGAGUCAACCCCGUGUGCAUCCUGCCCAGUGACAUGCCGCGCUUCAGAACGCUGCACGAGAAGGUGGAAGUAGAAGAGGAGCUCCUUCUCCAGGAAAAGACCGCAGAUGACAUGAACGUGAGCGGAGACGCAGACAAUACAAACAAUAAGGAUGAGUAUGGGCAACCUUUGAUAAAGGGCCAAACAGCCACAGAGGGAGUAUUGCCACAGCAAACUGUAGCAACGAAGGUAAGUCCCCUCAUCGAAAAGAGUACCAUAGAUCACUACCUAGACGUAUGUACACAGAUAAGGAAAAAAACCUUCUCAUUUAAAAAUUGCGAAAUUUUUUACGAGUCCCCAGAAGUGACACUUUAUAAAAACAUUUUGGAAGAUAAAAGCGAAACGAGAUAUGACCUCAUAGGGUAUGGGACGUUAAAUGAUGUCUCUCUGUAUGGAGCUAGCCAAGCACUAAACAACUUAGACGUCAUCAAAGAGUGGAACAAAAAUAUUUACAAAAUAAAUUACCUCAAAUUAAAUAAGGCAUCCAUUUUGGAGAAGUAUGAAAAUGAUGAAAAAAUUGAUGCCACGAAAUAUAUUCUCGAAAAAGAACACCUCCGCGAAAACAGAAGGUACAUUUAUCUCAUCAACGGACUUCCUUGGCCUUUUAGAAGCCAUGACACUGUGUAUGAAUUUUACCAAAAAUAUAUAGAGAAUCAGAACAUGCUGCUUGUGGCCAACAAGUCGGUAAAUGAAGUGUUUUCCGAUAAUAGCUACUACACACGUAUAAGAGAUUAUGAAAACUUUUUUUGUAUUUACCCCAAGAGCAAGAACUCCUACGAGAAGGGACUCGACUAUGUUAUUUCCGUUUACUACGAUGUGAACAUUCCAAAGUUUAUUCGCAAUAAUAUUCUCAGCCAGAUUUUCCCUUCCCUCAUCUUUAACUUACACGAAGUUUCCAAGACGAUUACGGAGAAGGGGCUGGCCAUGUCCUCUGAUGAUAUAAAGAAGAAUGAACUACCUUUUCAACUGAAGGAUAACUUUUCCCCCGGGGAGGGAGGCGCUGGGCAGGACGGAAAGGAGGGCCAGGAUGGGAAGUCCCCCUUCUUCGGCGCCACCGUCCUCCGCGUCAUCUUCGUGGACCCCUUCCACUUCAUUUGGACCACCAACGUCAACUUCUUCAAGAAAAUUUUCGUCAUCGUCACCAGCAUCUUCUGA